GAUUUUACAGAAUAAAACAUUUUAUAUUUUAUAAAAAAAUGAAUUCAUUAUCUACUAAUUCGUUAACAGGAGCGGAGAAAAGUGAAAUCAUGGAACAAGUUAAACAACAAAUUGCUGUUGCUAAUGCACAAGAAUUAUUAACGAAAAUGAUUGAAAAAUGUUUUAAAAAAUGUGUUAUCAAACCAGGUACAUCAUUAGAUAGUACAGAACAGAAAUGUGUGGCAAUGUGUAUGGACAGAUAUAUGGAUGCAUUUCAUCUUGUAUUUAAAGCAUAUAGUAAUCGUUUACAACGAGAACGCAAUAGAAUGUAAAUAUAUUAUACAAUAUAAAUAAAUUGUUUUUUGUUGUGUACAUUAUAACUCAUUGAAUGAUCGAUGGGAUAAUCUAUACAUUUGUAUAAAGUUGCAAAAUACAAAUAAUAUGUUAUUCUUCUCUA